AUGUUGCGAGUGCUUCCCUAUAUCCGCAUGCUCGUCCAGGCGAGCGAGCAGCGGCGGGCCAUGGUACGCAAGCUGCAAAUCGUGUGGCAGAUGCAAGACUUUGACCACCAAUGCUGGCUGGGCGAUUGGAUGCAGGACCUGUUGGACCUCGACCGCGGUGAAUUUAAGAUUCUUGAAUUUCGUCUGUAUUACCUUACAAAGACGACAUCCGUUGACCCCGGUGACGCGUUCGGAGAGCGAAUCAAACUAUGUCAAGGGCCACUGAUGGCCGGAGAAAUCGUCCAAGGUCACCUGAGCAAGCGCCGUGGGAAGCUAGCUGUCGGUGUGUGCGCCCGCCAGUCGAUUCGCCAACAGGUCCAGGAUGUCGUCCAGCCUCGGACGGGGCCGGAUAUCAAACUCUUUGACCUCGACCUCGGGCCAGGUCAUGUCAGGGAGGCUCCUUGUCGCAACAAGGACACCGCCACCGCUCCGGCCUCGAGUGAUUCUUAG